CUCCACAGUGCUAUACGGUACAUUCGUCAGCGACAGCAUUUGGUGAUUGUUUUCGGAGUUUACGACGUUUUUUAUGAAGGUCCCUACCUCGGUAGACGCCAACGUGAGGUAUGGACGAGGUGGAGGAUGCCCACAUGUGCCUCCGUUGUCGAGCAACUAUCGUUGGUUUGAAUAACUACGUUAGCCACCGGCGGGCGGGAUGCGCUCCCGCCGUCGCACAGAAAACGAAGCAUCGCCACCCACAGCAGCCAGACAAGGGUAGAGAGAGCUAUGAGAGGGAGGACUCAGGCAAGACCGGUGGUGGUGGUGGUGGUGGCCAGGAGACCGUAGUGCAGUACUCAUCCGCCAGCAAGACCUUUCAACGCGACGCCAAAUUUGCGAGCCAUGAGGAGUCUCAGGAGGCUUUGAGCCACCCGGAAGGAAAUGUUGACGGUGCCAAAUACGCGUCGUCAACCUCUGUGCAGCUGGGCAGUUGUUAUGUAAGGCAGCAGCAGCAGCAGCAGCAAGCAGCAGUGAUUUUGCCGGUGUCGAGAGCACAAGUGAGUCCCCUUCAUGAUUCAUACACCGUCAUGGAGGAGUUUACUUCUGCCUUGCCCCAGUCUCACUCAGAAUCUCAAAUCAGCAAUGGGCACUCCUCACUGAAGCGUAAGCACCAGGAAUCCUUGCGCCUAGGUCACACACAGACGCCCUCGCAGGCUCCCUUCACUAGUUACAGCGACCCUCUCUUGCCUCAUGGUCAGGAGUCCGCUAACAUAUCGCUUUUCAGGCAGUUUGACACCUUUAACGACCACAGUAAGAUCCAGCCAGAAGGAGAGUCCGAGUCUCACAGCGAAGCUAUAACUCUCUUUAAGGUUGCCUCUACGUCCUAUGAACUUGAAAGCCAAAAUUUUGAAUCGAGAUAUUCUGAAUUUUAUUCCCUUCAGCCUCCACCACAGGAGACUCUCCUGUCGGCAGUUCCAACACUCGAACAAUGCAAAGCUAAACAGGCAGCACAGAUACUUAUGAAAAUAGAAGAAAACCUUGAAAAUCAAAACACUAAGGAGAGAGAGCUAGACACGGAGAAAAGAAGUAAUCAAGAGCUAGGAGUCUCCGGAGCAGAGUUUAAAGAAGGUAAUCUCAAGUACAGCGAGCCUCAGUUGCCCUCCGGGAACGAACACACUGCUCAGGAAAACUCUGAACUUCGCCAAGACGACUUUCUCUCUUCACUUGAGCUGAGGAGCAGUGUCAAGGCACCUACGAAGAGACGACACGAAGGCGACGAGGAGCUCGAUGAAGAUGAGGACGACGACACAAGACCGCCUCAUCAUCACACUGGAGGUAAGUGGAGACCCGGCAGCCGACCACCUCCCUCUGUCGGCGGGAAGUGGAGGCCGUCCACACCAAAGAUUGAUCUGGAUGAAGAGGAGGACAUGGAGGACGAUGAUGCAGAGGAAGAUGACGACUCGCUAAUACCACCUCCUCCAUCACACACUAAAGGUAAGUGGCUUCCCGGCAAAAAAAGUCCACAUGAACGCCACACCAACUCUGACCUCCACCUCGUAGGCAUAAACAAGGCCUCAGGAAGGAAUAUAAUUAAAACCUCUAAAGUGAUUACUUCAUCAACAAUAUCUAGCAGACCAGUCAGAUCAAAGAAGUUGGAAGCACAGAGCUUCCUAAAGUCAACCAUUGCACAGAUGAAGAGCAGAAAAAUUGUGUCUUCUGGUGAGAAGAACAAGAUCCAGACGUCAAAGCGGACCAAUAUGCCCAAAAGUACAAAUGAAGCGCUUGUAGACAAGACGUUGCCAUGUGUUAAGCAGGAAGUGAAGAAAGAAGCUAACGUGGACGAAGAGGAAGAAGUACAAAAAGUGUCAGUGGUGACCCCAAAACUUCUGUGCCCCAUCUGCAAGCUGUCUUUCGGAGAACCUUACACCGCGCUGCACAUCGCCUCUCUGGCGCACAUCCACAACGAGCUGGAGUAUAAGCAGAACACAUGUGACGAAAUUGAUGACAAUUUUAAUCAAAUAAUACUCAAUAAUUUUAGCGCAAUUUUAAAAACGUCACCAUUUAUGUGUAGUGAGUGCAAGUUCUACUGCAACUUGCAAGAAGAUUUUUUUACUCACAUGAAAACACAUGUUGCUGGCCCUGAAGACGAUGAGGUGAAGACCUUGUAUGUAUGUUCCGCUUGUACUGACGAAGAUGAGAUGCAACUCUCUGGGGUUCUCCGGCACCUGCAAACACCUCAUCAUCUAGACAACGCACGAGACACGGUGCUGCAGGCGCGACAAGUAAUAUUAAGCAGCAGGACGGCGGUAGUAUGUCCGCUGGGAGACGGAGCCUUCAGGUACCGGCGGCAGUACCGUACCCAUUGCAGGAUUCAUCACAAAGACUCCAGCUUUCAGGCCAGUGAUCAACGAAGCCUUCGCUGCCCUCACUGUACCUUCAAGGCAUUACGUGAGCGACAAAUUCGUGCUCAUAUCAGAGAGACCCACGAGAAUAAGAAUGGUAAAAGUACAUCUUACCACUGUUUCGUCUGCGGCCUCGCCUUUUCCACCCAUCGUCAGGCGGAAUUACACAGGCGGUCGGCCGAGCACCGGGCAACCCUAGAGCGCCAGAGUGGCAUGUCUGUGGUGAGGACCUGCAGCCUCUGCUACGAGGAGCUGGAGGACCUCCCCGCUUUGCGGCGACACAUGUGCCAGGAGCACAAGAAAGACAGCACACCUUGCCACUUGUGUGGCGUGGUACCUCCACUCCGCUCCGAUCUAGCACAGCAUCAGCGAUUCUGUUCCGGCGUCCCGCAGGAUCUGACAGGUGAUCAUAAGUGCGACUUGUGCAACUUUAAGAAUGACCUGCUAGCUCACGUGUUGGCACACAAGACUCUCACGCACGGUCAGCGUGGUCCCGACACGCGUUAUGUCUGCCAUAUAUGUAAGACCAAUCUACGGCUCUCCUCCGUCAAGGGCCACAUGCUGAGCCACAGUAACGAGUGGCCGUAUGCCUGUCACCUCUGCUCCAGGAAGUUCCCGCAACAGCUGUGGCUGGAGAGACACCUGACCAUGGUCCACACUCAGAGUGACGGCUCUCGGGCCAACCAUGCCCCCGCUCUCUGCCACACCUGCGGCAAAACACUUCUUAACAGAUGGCACCUGCACCGCCACACGCAGGAGGCCCACACCCACGCCCCUCCCUCCCCACCUUCAGACAAAGGCUCCCAGGCAGACUCUGAACCCAAGUCGUGCCAUAGGUCGUGCUUGAGGAGCCGCAGGGGUAAAAGGCUCCCACCGCCUCCUUCGCUGCUGUGCGACGUGUGUGGGGUCCAGUGUGAGACCUGCAACAAGCUUAAGGUUCACCGGCAGGGCCACAAGCAGAGUGCAGGAGACGAGUAUGGGUGUCCUCACUGUAACUACACCACGGCCCGCCUCCCACACCUCCGCCGACACCUGCGCCUCCACACCGGCUCCACACCCUUCUCCUGCCCCUACUGCGCCUACGUCUGUAAUAAUCAGGAGAACUUGCGCAAGCAUAUGUUGAAGACCAAGCGUCACCCUGGCAGGUUCAUGUACGAGUGUCGGCUGUGUGACAGUAGUCAAGACCCUGAAGCAACCUAUGAUAAAGUCCCGGUCUCCGAGUCCAACCUUGAGUCCGCUCAGACUCUAAAUCUUGACUCGUCUCCCUCUCAGCCUCUCAAUCUUGGCGUGUCUACCUCUCAGCCUCUCAAUCUUGGCGUGUCUACCUCUCUACCUCUCAGUCUUGGAGUGUCUAUUUCUGAGCCUAUCAAUAUUGGCGCGUCAACAUCUCACACUUUAACUAUUGGUUCCACAACUUCUCAGUCUCUCAACUUUGGUUCUCCCAAUUCUCAGUCUCUAAAUCUAGCAUCACCCAUCACUCAAGCACUUAAUCUUUGUCCGUCCACUUCUCAGGUCCUUAAUCUUGGAUCAUCCCCAUCUCAUUGCUUUCAUUCUGGAACAUCAUCCACCCAACCCCUCGAGCCCGGAAACUCAAAAACCCUGGAUUUUUGUGUUCCCAAGUCUAUGGACAUUGACGAAUCUCAGUCUCUGUGUGAAGGAGAACCACUCUGCUUUAGCAGUAAAGAGUCUUCAAGUCUGAGUUCCAAAAACGACCGGUUACUUGAGUGUGACGUCUUCAAGAGCAACUACGCCACAGAGUUCCAGGCGCACCUUCUGGAAAAGCACAGGAAAGUCUUCGAGACUAAAGAUGAUGUGACGAGUCACAUCAGGAGUUACUACCGGCCCGAGGACGACACCACCGUUACCAACACCCCGCUCCCCUUCGUCCACAAGAAGCGACACAGUCGGCGGUCAGUUGACCCCAGCGUCAAGAGUGAGGACCAGGAGGAGGAGGAGGAGGAGGACCCGGGCAGCGAGGACACGGUGGAGGGCGAGGAGGACGUCCUCUCCCAGACCCCACCCUCCGGGCACCAGCUGGAGUACGUGGCCCAGCACGGAGUCCCCGAGGACGAGCACGGGCAGGCCACGGAGGUGGUGGAGGAGGAGGUGGGGGCAGGAAGCGCCGGGGAGCUGCCCGGGAGAGGAGGAACAACGUCUGGGAACUUCCACCUUGAAGCAGAAGUUAGAGACGAGCUUGGACGCCAGUUCCCUGCAGGAGCAGCCAAUCGAGGGACGCGGUUUUACCUGCGCGCCCCCAACCGUCCCUACAUCCUCAGGCCUAACCCAACCCAGGGGGUGGCGCCCCAUCCACUGAGGAUAGUGAUCCAGCACCUGCCUGAAGGAGGCGCAGGCGAGGGAGAGGACGACGACGGGACACGUCAUGUGAUCCUCAUCCUUCCGGAUAAAGAAGUGGACCAGCCUGAGGACGUGGCCGCCUUCCUGCCCACGCUCGGCCUCACCACAUCCCCCUCCGACUGCAUCUCCAUCGCCACACUCCAGCCUAAGCACCUUCAGCACCACCUUCACCACCCUAGCCAACAGCUGCAGACCACAAUCCAUGAGCACCACAUGGUGGAAGGAACCUCUUGCGGCCACCCACAGGAUGCCAGGAACCCGGCUGAAGGGACAGUUAUUGUCCCGUCGGAUCAGGUGAUGGCCUUAGAGUCACAGGUAGUGGCGGAUGCUGCUCUAAUAGCAGGAGAGCCAAGUGUCUCUACCCAGCACGAUAAUGCGAUGGUGUUGUGCUCGCAAAGGAAUCGGCUUCAGCAGCAGCAAGUCCUUCACGCAACGCACGUAUUUAAUCCUCUGCAAGUUGUGGCCGAGGCUGCAGAAGUGCUGACGCAAGGUGAGGACACGAGUAUUAACCGUCAGGCGCAUGAGGUUCUGCCUCACGCUUCAUGUGCUCACGAGGUACUUACUCAAACUACAGUAAAUCAAGAGGCUUUAAGGCACGCUGCAGUAACUCAAGAGAUUCUGAAUCAGCCUCAAAUUACUGGCAAAGCCCUGAAUGAGCCUCAAGAAGCUCUGUGCCAGACUCCCGUUGCGCAAGACAUUCUAACUCAUUCUUCAGUCACCCAAGAUAUUCUAACACAGCCUUCUGGUGUACAGGACUCUCGACUCCUGGAAGCAACAAUAUUUGAGGCAGAGGGAGGUGUGCAACAAGGGGCAUCCAGCCAAGCACAAGACGCACCCGCCAUCUUGCAGCAAGAUGAAUCUUUGGACUUCGUGGAGGGGCGGGUGGUACCUCCAGGGGGCCAAGCCAAACGUCACGGCGAUGAAGCAGGCGCCGGUGAAAUCAUAUACUCCUUCACUCUGCAGUAGAUGCAUUGGACAAACUCUCUCCGGUGAAAUUCCAAGGUGUCAGAAGGGAUGCAUUAAUACUGAAGCAAUAGGGAAAAUUUUGUUCAGUAUUUUAAUGCGAAUUUUCUUGAAU